UCUCUCUCUCUCACUUUCUUUUUUCUCCUCCCUUUCCAAAUCAAGGGAAAAGGAGAAGAACAACCCCCCGCUUUGAAUUAAGCCUUUAGGCUAAUGGAGACAUGGUGUGACAGGGCUCUCAGUGGUCAAGGGUCCAGGGAGUGGGGAGAAAUGAAAAAAAGGAAAAAAAUGGUAUUAGAAAGGGAUGCCAUGAGGGAUGAAAGUGAAUUAAGUUUACUUAGAUUUAACUUAAGUUUAAGUUGUAGUAGAUCAAACUCAAAGAAUAAUCAAACUUACUUCUUCAAGUUUAAGUUAUAGUAAAUUAAGUUUAUCUUUACCUUGCUAGAUGAUAGAAAGGAUUAGCUUUCCAUUCCCACCAGAAAAAGAAACAAAUAAAAAAAAAGAAAAAAGAAAAGAAAUAAGGUUCUGGUCAUUGGCAGAUUCACAGGCUCACACCCAUACCAACCUUUUUCAGCUUGGUCAGCAACGGAAAAAGAUGGCAGAUGCUAUCAUAGAAGUUGUAGCAGGGAAGUUGAUUGAUGCACUGAAAGAGCAUAGUGGUCGUGUGCUUGAAUUUCGAAGCCAGUUCAUGGAGCUGAAGACGCAGCUUGACCUGAUGAAAUCCUUUCUUGCUGAUGCUAACAAGCUGAAAAGGAAGGAGGAAACCGUGAAGACAACUCUAAGCAUGAUCAGAGAAUUGACUUAUGAUGCGGAGGAUAUACUGACAGAUUGCUUACUUAGAGCUGAAUACCAGGAAGAAGUUUUCCACUGCAACAAUUUCCUCCAUCGUAAGAUGAUCUUUCAGCAUCGAACUGGGAAAAAGCUGAAAGAGAUUAAUGGACGGAUAGAGAAGAUGCAGAAGAUCUUGAAAACCUAUUUCAAGACAAUUGGACAGCAGAGUGUCCAUGAUGAUGGUGGCAGUAUCGCUAGGAGGUGGACGUCACCAGCUUUUGAUGAAUCCAGCAUAGUUGGUUUGGCAGAAGAUACACAGAAGAUUAUAGGGUGGAUUCUUCCUACGAAAAAACUGUUACACCAAGUUGGGAUUGUGGGGAUGGGGGGUUUGGGGAAAACAACCAUAACCCAGAAGAUCUACAACAAUGAUAUGAUCCUCGAGCGAUUUGAGGAGAGGAUUUGGGUGUCAAUAUCUCAGACUGUCAAUGAGGAAGAGAUCAUGAAGACCAUUCUGAAACAACUGGGAGAGGAUACUUAUGGACUGGAUAUGGGUCAAAUGCUGCCAAAGAUUAAAAAUGCACUUGAAGGUAAGGACUAUCUGAUCGUGAUGGAUGAUGUCUGGAGUGCUCAUGGCUGGUGGGAAAGAUUACUUGCUGGACUACCCAAGAGGCAGGGGCAGAGCAAUGCUAUAAUAAUCACUACACGGAAAGAAAGUGUUGCCACGGAGAUGGGGGUGGAGAAAGCUCGAAUUCACCAACCCCGAACUCUCAAUGAUGAAGAAAGCUGGGCCUUAUUCUGUAGAAUUGCAUUUUCUUCAGAAAAGGAAGCAAAACAGCACUAUGAGUUGGAAGAACUAGGGAAAGAUAUAGUGAAGAAAUGCAGUGGACUUCCGCUAGCUAUUAAGACAGUAGGAGGCUUGCUGAAAUCAAAAACUCUGUCAACUGAUGUUUGGAGACGGAUUUACAACAAUUUCCAUGAGGAAUUGGCCACUAGAGAAGGUGAAAGCUCAGUAAUGGCUUCCUUACAAUUGAGUUACGAUGAGCUGCCUACUCGCCUGAAGCAGUGUCUAUUAUGUUUCUCCAUCUAUCCAGAGGACUCGGUGAUAAGUGCUGAGCAGUUGGUUCAUUGGUGGGUUGGAGAGGGUUUCGUCCAGGGAAAAGACACCAGAACAGCAAUAGAAUUAGCAUUUGAUUACCUGUCGGAGCUCAUUGGUAGAUGCCUUGUUGAAGUUGUCAAGCAGAGAGGUUUUGAUGGAAGAGUCUAUAGUUGCAAGAUGCAUGAUCUUGUCAGAGACUUGACCAUUAAAAUUGCUAGAGAAGAGGCCUUUUGCAGCUUUGAUGAACAUGGCAAGCAAAUACCUACUGUACGAUCCAGGCGUUUGGGUGUUACAGGUGAAGAAGAUAUGAAAUCACUGAAUAGAAAAUCGAAGCUCCGGGCUUUCCUGAUGAUGAGCAGCUCUUCAGUUGACUUUGAUAGGACCAUCCCACUGUUCAGAGUAAAGUCCCUCAGGGUGUUGGAUUUCUCACAGAAUAAGUUAGAUAACAUUCCCAUUCAGAAACUACUGCGCUGGAUCACCUCCCUUGAACGCCUAGUAUAUCUAAACCUAAGAGGAGUUGCUGCCCUUAAGGAACUGCCACAGUUAAUCGGAGAGCUCCGAAACCUCCAGCUUUUGGUUUUAACUGGAUGCAACAAUCUACAGAAACUGCCCUCGUCGAUCACAAAUCUGCAGAAGUUAAAUGUAUUGGACAUAGGGUACUGUCCUAUCCAAUAUCUCCCUCAGGGGCUAGGGAGGCUCUCAAAUCUUCAAGAGCUGUCAGGAUUCACAGUACCAAGUGCAGCAGACAGGAAUGGCUGUCGUUUAGGUGAGCUCCAAGGCCUGUCACAGCUUAAAGUGCUGCGAGUAAACAUAAGCGAAGAAAGCGACAUUGCAGAACAGGAACUGACUGUCCUGUCCCGCCUCAAACAACUAAAGGUUUUAUCAAUCAACACCGAAGGAUGCGAGAAAGAGGAGAUUUUCCGGAAACUAGAUGCCUUGUCUCCUCCACCACAUCUUGAGGAGCUGUACCUCAGGUAUUACCGUGGUGUAACCACACCAAUGUGGAUAAAUCCUGAGUCACUCCGUCAAUUGCAGUAUCUUUGUAUUGAAAAUGGAGACCUGCAAUUCAUGCACCCUAGCUUCGAGGGUGGCAAGACAGUCACUUGGAAGGUUGAAGGUCUUUGUCUCAAGUUCCUGGCGAGGCUACAGGUGGAGUGGGAUUUGCUGCAGAAUGUGAUGCCGCGAAUAAGAUAUGUGGAAGUUAGUCAUUGUUACAUGUUGAAAUCGUUUCCUUGCAACAUUGAAAAGCUAGGAGUUUGGAGGAAAUGACAGAAGAGAACUAAAGUGUUGCAUUAAGUAGUAUUACACAGCCAAGCUUGCAGAGUCUUUCACUCUUGAAGAUGGGGACGUGAUCGUCGUGCCCAAGGCUUACAAGUUCUUCUAAGUCUGAGUUUUUUUUUUAACAGAAAGCAGCUGUUAUAUCAUCAAAUAAUCUGCAGAAAUUAGUAUCUUAUUAAAGCUUACUUACGGAUUUGAAUGUACCAAUAAUUUUCAAAAUCUAUGAAACGAGUCGCAAUGUUCUUUUUCCCCCUUCA